UAUAGAAAGGAAAGUUUUCUUCUUCUUGAUUUUCAUUCUUUGAAAAAUGACUUUUAUUCUCAUCAUAUGUAAAAUCAGCAUAAGAGUGAACAAUUUUGUUGCUUUUCAUGUAGUUCCUCUCUGAGUCUCAACUUCACAAUAAUCAAACAAAAUCCAUUUCACUUUCAUUCAAAAUAAUUCCUUUGUUUUCUCGUACUCUUCAUGUCCCUCUCAAACACAUUUGUUUGCCACUUCGUCUUCUUCACACCCAUCACUUGAAACGUCCCCAGCACAAUGCCUUUACUCUUGUAAACUCAUGCCAUGCACUAAACACAGUGAUGUGGAACUCGAUCAUGAGGUCCCAUGUUGAUUUGGGACUGUUCCAUUCAGUUUUGUCAGUGUACAAAAAGAUGAGGCAAAAGGGUGUUCCCCAUGAUACUUUCACAUUCCCGUUAUUGAACCGAGCCCUGUCUUCCAUGAGGGCUGAUGUUGUGUAUGGGAAAAUGAUCCACUGUGUGGCAACUAAAAUGGGUUUGGAUGGGGAUUUGUAUUUUUGCAAUACCAUGAUUGAUGUUUAUGUGAAAUGUGGGUGCAUUGCUUGUGCUCGCCGGAUGUUUGAUGAAAUUUCACUGAGAGAUGUGGUUUCUUGGACUUUGAUGAUUGCUGGUUAUGUUUCCCAGAGACUUGUUAGUGUGGCUUUUCGUCUGUUUAACAAGAUGAGGAUGGAAUUGGAACCAAACUCGGUCACACUUAUUGUGAUGUUGCAGGCACCUUGUGCUUCCAUAAAAUUAAGUGAGGGAACUCAAAUACAUGGGUAUGCACUGAAGAGUGGGUUGCUAAUGGAUUGGUCUGUGAAAAAUUCCGUUUUGAGAAUGUAUGGUAGUAAAGGGGGUACCAGAGAAGUGGAACUUUUAUUUGGUGAAGUAAACAUGAAGGAUGUGGUUUCUUGGAAUAUUUUGAUUUCCUUUUACUCCUCAGAAGGAGACGCAACAAGAGUGGCAGGUCUGCUCAAAGCAAUGCAGAGCCUAGAAGUGCAUGUGUGGAACAUUGAAACUUUGACAUUAGUUACAUCGGCAUUUGCAAAGUCUGGUAGUCUUUCAGAGGGCGAAGGUGUGCACUGCUUAGUCGUUAAAACUGGGUUUUCUGAUGACGUUUGGCUGACAUCUCUGCUUGACUUUUAUGCCAAGUGUGGGAAAUUGGAAACUUCAGUUUUACUUUUUAGUGAAAUCCAUUCUAAAAGUAAUAUCACUUGGUGUGCUAUGAUGUCAGGUUUCAUUCAGAAUGGCUCUUUUAUGGAGGCCAUAGUUUUAUUCCAACGAAUGCAAGCUGAAUAUUUUAAUGUUGUUCCUGAAAUUUGGAGAAAUCUUCUGGAUGCAUAUGCAAACCUGGGAGCUUUAAAAUUGGGAAAAGAGGUCCAUGGUUACCUUAUAAAGAACUUGUUUAAUGGGGCAAUAGAAAAUUCAGUACACCUUGAGACCUCUAUCUUAAACAUGUACUUAAGAGGUGGUAGCAUGUCUUCUGCUAAAACAUGUUUUGAUAUGAUGUCUGUCAAAGAUGUAGUAGCAUGGACAACAAUGAUUGACGGACUUGGCUCCCAUGGUUUUGGCUUUGACGCCUUGAAGUAUUUUAAUUUAAUGAUUGAGCAAAGAGUGCAGCCAAACUCAGUCACCUUUUUGAGCUUACUCUCCGCAUGUAGCCACUCUGGUCUUGUCAGUGAAGGCUGCAAUAUUUACCAUUCUAUGAAAUGGGGAUUUGGAAUUGAACCUACUUUGGAUCACCACACCUGCAUUGUGGAUCUUUUUGGUCGAUGUGGGAUGCUUAAAGAGGCCUUAGCCAUAAUAUUCAAAAUGGUAAUUCUACCUGAUAGCAAGAUUUGGAGUGCUCUUCUGGCAGCUUCCAGAGUUUAUGGAAAUAAAAAAUUCGGAGAAUAUGCAGCUCAAAGACUUUUGGAACUAGAACCUGACAAUGCUGGAUAUUAUACUCUGUUGAGUAAUGUAAAAGCAAGUGUUGGAAGAUGGGAGGAGGUUGAAAAACUGAGGAGAGACAUGAGAGAAAGGGAUCUCAAGAAAAAACCAGGGUGGAGCUGCAUUGAGGUAGCUGGGUCCAUCCGCGGAUUUGUUUCUAGUGAUAAAUCACACCCUGAAGCAGAGGAGAUUUAUGAGGCAUUGGGUAGACUGAGUAUAGUGACACAGGAUUUACGGUAGUUGAAAGGGGUGUUUAAACGAACUUCUUGGCUCAUACAAGCUACAUUCAAACUACUCUCAGACAAAGCAAACUAAGCCAAAUCCUAGUUCUUCAGUGGAGAAAAUUUUAUCUGUCUCGUCUGGCAGAACACUUGGGAAAGGGACAAGGAAGCCUCACAUGAAAGGAAGGGAAAUGGAUAUGCAACAAACUAACUGUGGCAUUGUAUAAAAAGUUUACCCUUCAUUCAUAAGAAUUAAUUCUGUCCUCUUUAUUAGUUACUAGCAAUAUAUUGCAUUUAUCAAUAAGUUCUCACCUGUUAGCAAGCAUUCCUUUCAUGUUGCAGCAAAAUCAUACACCCUCCCCUCUUAAGAAACAGUGAUAUUCCUUAGUUGUGUUUGAUU